AUGGUGUCACUACUCCCUCCGCAGUCUGACGUCACACUGCCAGGCUCCACCCGACUGGAGGGCGAACCCCAAGGGGACCUCAUGCAGGCUCCGGGCCUCCCAGGCUCCCCUGCUCCACAGAGCCAGCAUGCCAACUUCAGCUGCUCAUCAUUUGUGCCUGAUGGCCCCUCAGAGAGAGCACCCUCACUGCCCCCCCACAGCCCAAGCAUUGCCUCUCCAGGCCCAGAGCAAAUCCCAGGCCACUGCACAGCUGGACCUGGCCCAGGCUCCUUCUGCCCCUCUCCCUCAGACAAGUAUCCUGGCUUUGGCUUUGAGGAGGGCCCAGCAGGCAGCCCAGGGCACUUCCUCAAGAGCAACCACAUGCCUUUCCACCCCUACAAGAGGUACUUCCAUGAGGACAUCUUCCCUGAGGCACAGACGACCAUGGCCCUUGAUGGACACUCCUUUAAGACUCCAGGGGCACUGGAAGCCUUCGAGGAGAUUCCCGUGGAUGUGGGAGAUGCCGAGGCCUUCCUGCCUGGCUUCCCGGCAGAGACUUGGUGCAAUGGACUCCCUUACCCCAGUCAGGAGCACAGCCAAGUUCUGCAGAGGCCGGAAGUUAAGGUCAAGCCCCCAGCUCUGGACAGCGGGCCUGGCAUGUACUGCUACCAGCCUCCUCUGCAGCAUAUGUACUGCUCUUCCCAGCCUGCCUUCCACCAGUACUCCCCGGGAGGAGGCAGCUACCCUGUGCCUUACCUGGGCUCGGCUCACUAUCCCUAUCAGAGGAUCACACCCCAGGCCAGCGCCGACGGGCACCAGCCACUCUUCCCCAAGCCCAUCUACUCCUACAGCAUCCUUAUCUUCAUGGCUCUAAAGAACAGCAAGACCGGAAGUCUUCCUGUCAGCGAAAUCUACAAUUUCAUGACAGAGCACUUCCCUUAUUUCAAGACCGCGCCUGACGGCUGGAAGAAUUCUGUUCGCCAUAACCUGUCUCUCAACAAGUGCUUUGAGAAGGUGGAGAAUAAGUCAGGAAGUUCUUCUCGCAAGGGCUGUCUGUGGGCCCUCAAUCCUUCCAAGAUCGACAAGAUGCAGGAGGAGCUACAGAAGUGGAAGAGGAAAGACCCCAUCGCUGUGCGCAAAAGCAUGGCCAAACCAGAAGAGCUGGACAGCCUCAUUGGAGACAAAAGGGAGAAACUGGGCUCUCCGCUACUGGGCUGUCCACCCCCUGGGCUGGCAGGCCCAGGUUCCAUCCGGCCCAUGGCACCGUCAGCUGGUCUCUCCCAGCCUCUGCACCCAAUGCACCCAGCUCCAGGGCCCAUGCCUGGCAAGAACCCCUUGCAGGACCUACUGGGUGGUCAUGCACCCUCCUGCUAUGGGCAGACCUACCCACACCUUUCUCCCAGCCUGGCCCCUUCUGGACACCCGCAGCCAUUGUUCUCACAGCCAGAUGGGCAUCUUGAGCUGCAGGCCCAGCCAGCCACUCCCCAGGACUCACCUCUGCCUGCCCACACACCACCCAGCCACAGUGCCAAGGUGCUGGCUGAGACUCCCCCAGCCAGGACCGUGCAUGACACUCUACUGCCGGAUGGAGACCUUGGUACUGACCUGGACGCCAUCAACCCCUCUCUCACUGACUUUGACUUCCAGGGAAAUCUGUGGGAGCAGCUGAAGGAUGACAGCUUGGCCCUGGACCCCCUGGUACUGGUGACCUCGUCCCCAACGUCAUCCUCCAUGUUGCCCCCACCACCACCAGCCCAUUGCUUCCCCCCAGGGCCCUGCCUGUCAGAAACAGGCAAUGGGCCAAGUGAACUGGCGCCUCCAGGCAACGGGGGCUCCGAGGCCCUGGGAGACCUGCAACUCAGUACCCUCUACUCGGCCUUUGUGGAACUGGAACCUACGCCCUCCUCAGCUGCUCCAGGCUCUGCUGUGUACCUCAGUCCAGGCUCCAAACCAAUGGCGCUGGCUUGA